CAGGAAAAUUGUGUUUUCCAAAGGAUCUUGUUGCAAACUUGAUGAUUGAAAAUACCAUCAAGUUCAGUAGUAAGGAAAAUGUAAAGCAUCUGAGGAACGUUUACUUUGUGAUAUAUCCUGAUGAUGUGUCUACUUUGCAGGCAAUAUCCCGUGAAUUCAAAAGAACUUUUAAUCCCCAGCAGAAAAUGACACAGAGACCCUCAGGGAAUUUUUUCGGAACAGUUUCCUCACGUGCUACAGAUCAUGUUGAAGUUCAAGUAGGACCGAUUUUGCUGCAAAUCGUAACAGGAGACAUAACAAAUGAGCAAACUGAUGUCAUUGUCAACUCAUCAAAUAGUGAUUUUACUCUGAGAGCAGGCGUUUCCAAGGCGAUACUAGAUGCUGCUGGUCAAACUGUAGAAGAUGAAUGCAAAGCUCUUGGCUUCCAGCCAAACAACGGAAUAAUAACAACAAAUCCAGGAAACUUACAAUGUAAAAAGAUAAUUCACAUGGUUGGACAAACAGACCCAAAUCAAAUGCGAGCUUUUAUUGGUGCAAUUCUUCAGAAGUGUGAAGAUGACAAAUUUUCCUCAGUUUCUUUCCCUGCACUUGGAACAGUUGUAGCAUGCUUGCCUGCCCAUUAUUUCAUUGUUGCCUGUGAAGUUUUCAAAAACUCCUGCUACUUUGCCUGUUCCUAUGAGUCUUCAAGAAACAUGAACAAAUAA